CGCGGAGCGGGGGCGGUCGGGGGCGGGGCGGCGGCGGGGGCAGCCCGGUGCCGCCGGGGAGCUCGUCCCCGGCGUGCUGGGCUCUCCCUGCCCGCCCUCCUCCUCCCGCCGGCCGGCAGCGCCGUUGCGCAGCUCCCGCGGACGGGACGGGACGGGACCCUCGGCCGCGCCGGGCAGCGGGGCCGGCCGGGCAAGGGCUUGGGGCGGGCGGCGGCGAGGCGAGGCUGGACGGCCGCGGCAGGGGACGAGGCCGCCCGGGGCUGGCGGCGGGGGGCGGCGGGGGCCCGGCGCGGCGGGACGCCGCCGGGGCCCGGCGCAUGGCGGCGGCGGCGGCGGGGAGCAUCACCACGCUGCCGGCGCUGCCCGACGACGGGGGCAGCGGCGCCUUCCCCCCCGGGCACUUCAAGGACCCCAAGCGGCUCUACUGCAAGAACGGCGGCUUCUUCCUGCGCAUCAACCCCGACGGCAGGGUGGACGGCGUCCGGGAGAAGAGCGACCCUCACAUCAAACUGCAGCUUCAAGCAGAAGAAAGAGGAGUGGUGUCAAUCAAAGGUGUAAGUGCAAAUCGCUUUCUGGCUAUGAAGGAGGAUGGCAGACUGCUGGCUUUGAAAUGUGCAACAGAAGAAUGUUUCUUUUUUGAGCGUUUGGAAUCUAAUAACUAUAACACUUACCGAUCACGGAAAUACUCUGAUUGGUAUGUGGCACUGAAAAGAACUGGACAGUACAAACCUGGACCAAAAACUGGACCUGGACAGAAAGCUAUCCUUUUUCUUCCCAUGUCUGCUAAAAGCUGAUUUCCAUGGCGGAUUCCGAGCACAUACGCCACACUACACUAAAGAUGUUGAGUUUCCUACUCCUCUCCGAAGUAGCAGAAAUAUAAGCAAUUAUUUGCUGAUACCAGAUUAAAAGAUGAAUGUUUCAUACUGUCUUUAUAUUGCUCUUUAAACCUAUUGUGCCAGUGUGUGUGGAGGUAAAAUUACUUGGAAGACCUAUUUUCAGGAUGAGUAACACUUGUUUUCUGCUAGAUCUCUGUGUAGAGCUAUUUUAUUUACCUUAUGUUUGCUUUACAGAGUAAAGGAAGACAAAUCUGAUGCACGCUUAUAGCAAUAUUUACCUUUAAAAAUAAUUUAUAUCUCUAUAGCUUAUUAAAGAAUAGAGUAAAUAAUUACUUUCUAAUAAUUACCUAAAAAGAAGUCCAUGGAUAAUUUUAAUAUGGUCUAAAUAACAAUACAAUAAUAAUUCUAAAUUAUUAACAUAAUGAAAUGUGAAAUGUAUUGCUAUCAUGUAAUGUUUCUGUAGGACUCGGGCAGCUCCCUGUGGUACAGUUUGUAGAACAGGCCUGUGUAGACAGCCGGAAACUCUCUCAUGGUUAUAUCAAUCUUCUCAAACCCUUCCCGGUAUCCGUAAAGUAAGAGUUUAGCUACGUUGCUGGUGAUGGGAGUAGCGUGUUUCGUCCUAGCAAGCUCAUGGAGGUCCAUCCAUUCGCACCUCAGGCACUCCUGCUGGCAGAAGCUGAUGGUGAAGGAGGAGGGCUCCAGGCGACAGAUGAUGUACAUAUCUGACUUCCCAAAGGCUCCGGGGUGUUUGUGUUGCUGUCUUAUGCUUAGGAUGGACUUGAACUCUGACUUGAUGCCAGUCUCUUCAAAAACCUCUCGAACUGCUGUGUCUCCUAGGUGAAAGAGCAAUCCUUAUAACACAUGUAAGAAUAGCUUAACACUCUUUAAACCUCUUGAUCAUGGAAAAUCUCUAACUCGAAGCGUUCUCUGUUCUGCUUUGUAAGCUUUUCAAAAUGUAGGCCUGUUUGUUUCAACAGAAGGAUAAGCUAAUUUUUUGCUCCCAUGCUACAUGCCUUUCUUGUGUAUAUCCUACAAAAUGAUGAAAGCAAGAAGCUUUCGAUAAUACUGUACAGGGUGUGGUUUUGAAACGGACUUUCUGAUGGUUGCUGGCUCCACUGAUCUCUUAAUCCAAGAGAGCAUUGCACCCUCUUUUCAGGCCUUUGAAUCUUAACCCCCCGUCUCUCUCCUUGCCUCUGUCCAGUUUCACAUUCAGACCCUGUGCAGCUGAACACCUUGGACGUAUGUCAGAUCACUCGAUCAAACCAGUUUCAUUGCACUUUGCCACAAGGUGUAACAAAAUGGGUAAAACUAGUGUUUGAAGAAAGUGAAAGUUGGCACGAAGUCCUUUUCAAGAUCUAUCUUUAAGUAUCUAGCAACAUUUCAAAUAUGCCGUAAUACCAGUAUAGCAUGUAGCCUGUUCUUGCAGAAUACAUCUGUGCUGCAGGUGUACAUUUUGUGUACAUCAACCAAAGCGAUGUAAGUGUUAACAUUCCUCAUGACAAAAGUAGCUGUAACUUCAAGGGUCUCGAGUGUCUGUGUACUGCAAUUACAGCCAGAGAAUUACCCAUCUAUCCAGUACUCUUCAAAAGAGAAGAUUUUUCUCUUGAAUAAUAACUUAAAUUGAAGAGCCCAAAUGAGAUUUUUGAUAUUCCACUUAUUUCCCCAAAGUCUGCAGUUUCAUUGUAGUCAGGUCAAAUCCUACUUGCCUGGGGUAACUACUGGUAGGUAAAAUACUAGAUUUUUCCAAAUCUGUGUGUCUUCUUUGAGUGGUAAAUGCACAAAACUGUUUUGCAACGUUAUCUGCUUCCGUUAGUUCAUUUUCAGUAAGAAAUGGGUGUGUUGGCUUACUUCCAAAAGCACAAUACAUUUUAAAAGACCUUGUAGAGAUUCACCUCCCUAUGGAAGCUUGCAUCUCGACGUGUCGGAGGUGAAAGAUACUCAGUUACCCUGGGAGAGAUUGCAUUUUAUGUUGCCCAGAGAGGCCUCUGCGGUCCUCUGGGGUCCUCUGGUUUAAAACAGUGGUUGCGAAGCAAACUCCCCAUGGCAAGUGUUUCUAUUAUUCGGCCAGGGACAGUAUUACACAGAAGUGUUCAAAGAAUGUAAACAACUGAGAACACGAGGAAUGCUGAGGCAGGCUAUGGUUAAGAAAAACUGAAAUAAUUAGGAGUUUCAUUUAAGCUUUGAGCUUUGCUUUUAGAUAAAGUGCCUUUUUCUGUUUCCCUUUUAUUUAAAUGUGUAUAUAUAUAAAAAAGUACAUAAUGACAGUUAAACUAGAAGAAACACUAGGACUUGAGUUUGAGAAAUACUCAAAUACAAACACGUGCACUUUGCUUAAUCUGCAUUAUGAAACUAUUCAGAUUACUUGCGCGAGUCAGUUUGUACUCAUUAAAGUAAGCAGCCAUAUAUUUUGUCACUUCAUAUAAUCACAGGAUCUUCAAGCAUUGUAAUUGCAAUUUGUAAUUUGAAAUUUAGUCCCUUGAACGACUGUGAGUUUGUAAGGUUUGAUGUAAGGAUAGAAAAAGGGAAGUUAAGCUCUCUUAUAUUUUACGCUUCACUAAUUUAUAUCUUGUAAUAUUAAGAUGUGAUGCAGAGAAUCCUAGGUUUCAUUAUUAUAUAGUUUAGUAGUGGCAGGAGGGGAGCUAUAAGAGACUUGUUUCCUCCCAGUCGUUUCUCAAUACCUACAUCCAGGCUGCAGCCAUAUUCUCACCUGUUACAUGGUUAUUUGAGGGAUGGCCACUGGCUUACUCAGUAACAGUAUUCCUCUGCGGAAGCUGUUGCCAGCAGUGGUCAUUCUUUUCCCUAGUACAAAAAUUCCUCCGGUAUCUCCUGGCCUACAGCUGCUCUCUGUUACUAGAAGUGAAAAGGAGCCUGGCUAGACAACAAAUGCAGCAUUUGGGAUUCUUCCGAAAACGUGAAUCCGUUUCACUGUGUUACAUGUAUUUGCGCUGUCAAGCAAAGAAUUUUGAUUUCUAUCACCAUGUUUGACAAAAAGAAUUAAAGCGUGACUUGUGAGUUAUGAAAACUACAACUCGGCCAUAUCCCACUAACUAGAAACUUUCCCCAUGUAUGGAAAUAGCGAACUGGAAUACAAGCCCUCCACACGUUGUUGCAGAAGACUGCUGAAAGAGUAGAUAUUUCUAAGGUAUGGAACAGUCAGGAAACCCGGGCUCAAUACCCAGUUUGCCAGAGCUGCUGCAUUGCUCUGGGCAACAUUUCCGAGUUCUGCAUUUGUGAGUUAUUGGAAGGAUAUAUUCGUAUCUGAAUACUGAUGUGGGGCUAAAUUAAUGUGAGCAAAUGUAACUUUGGAAAAUGAGACCUACCUUAUCACUGCAGUAUAACUUAAGAAUUAACCGGUCUGUGGGUCGUAAUUUUCAGGGGUGAGAGAAAAGGAGAAAAAGCACAAUUUUCUAACUCUUCAUGAACACCCUUGUUCAUUCACCUCUGAACAUAACUGCAGCAAUGUUCAUCAUCACCUGUGCUACGCUGGGUAGAAACGAUAGGUUUCCUCACAUCGGCAUUGUUUUUUAAUACAGAAGUGCCGUACGUCUCUGGUUGAAAGUAGGUGCCCGCAAGACUGAGGCACUGCACUGAACGCUGGUCCUGCGCCAAGGAGCUCUUAGUCUAAACAAAUCAAAUGAACAAGCGUGGAAGGAAGCAAGUGUAUUUAUUUCUGUUUUGCACAUAAAAAGGGAGAGUUGGAAAUUUCUGCUCAGUACAUCAUUGAGCUCACUGCCCUGGAUUCCAGUGUGAGCUGAGAGCUUGCUGUUUCAGUUUUAUUUGGGUUAUAUACCGAUUACCUUAAUCCUCUGCACUUUUGGCUCCUAUUACAGCAUAUCCAAGAAGCCUACAAAAAAUAAGCUGGCUUCAAGCACUCACUUGAGAGAAAUUGUGGAAAAGGGUAAAUGUUAUAAGUGCAAAACUUCUCUGCCCUGAACAUAAUGUUACCCCAUUACCAUUAAGGUCAUAGGAUCAUGUCACUUCAUCUAUUCACCAAAGCAGCGAUUAGUCAUGGGAGCGAUGUGGGUCACGGUGUAUUUUAGUACUGUUAAUGUCUUUGUAAUUCUGUUGACGUCUAACCUGUUAUCCUAGGACUUACCAAUGUCUUCGCCUGGAUUAGACAGACCUCCUGGAAAUUUCCACGCAUUUAUAGUCUGUAUUGGAGGAAAAAAAUAUUAAUGAAGUAUGCAGCCUGUGUUGUACUCUCUAAUACGAAGGAGACAAUUAACGUGCCUUUUUUUGGUUGAAGUUGCAGUAUUGCAAUUACUCUUAGAAACAUCAGUAUGGCUUUAAGUAGGAACUUCUCUGUUCUUGCUAAUGUGAUGAUCAGAGGUAUCUAUAGUCUGUAUGAGAUAUUGGAACAAAACAUCUACUGAUUGAAAAUACAAACUGUCUAACAGUCAUUAGACAACGUUGCUGCUAGAUAACUAGAUAGAGUAGUUGAAUAUUAAAAAAAGCUGCUAUAGACUAUGUAAUCUUAUAUUUAAUCACUAAUGUAUUCCAUUUCCAUGGUUUUGGCUUUUAAAAAAUGUAUAUAUAUAUUUAAUCUUACAAACAGGUAUUAUGAUUGUAGUACUGUUCUAUACUGCACUGGCUUUAAGAUGACUUCGUGUGUCUGUAAUAACCAUUUAGCAUAACUUGUCGUUUGUUUUCACGGAAUAGAAAAACUGAGGCCUUGUGUGUGAUUUAUAUAUAGAAGCAUUUAUUGAAUUGCAAUAAAGUUCAGUACUUCAAACAGAA